AUGGACAUCGGCACUAUCGGAGUGAUCGGAAUAGGCACGAUGGGCAGCGGCAUCGUGGAGGUGGCGGCCCGCAACGGCCUGCGAGUGGUGGCCCAGGAGGCGUCGCCGGAUCUUGUGGAGGCCGGCCGGAGCCGUGUCGAGGGGUCGAUGGACCGGGGCGUCGCCCGGGGCAAGCUCGACGAGGCCACCCGCGACGCCGCGUCCGCGGCCGUCACCUGGACCACCGACCUGGGCGACCUGGCCGGCUGCGACUCUGGUGCUGGAGGCCGUGCCGAGAUCCUGGCGCUGAAGUUGGAGAUCUUCGGCGUGCUCGACCGGGUGCUGGACCCGUCGGCCAUCAUGGCCACCAACACCUCGUCGAUCCCCAUCAUCGACGUGGCCAUGGGCACGACGCGCCCCCAGCAGGUGCUGGGCAUGCACUUCUUCAACCCGGCCACGGUGAUGAAGCUGGUCGAGGUGAUCAGCACCCAGCUCACCGCGCCGGAGGUGACCGAGGCCGCCACCGCGUUCGCUGCCGACACCCUCGGCAAGCGGGUGGUCGCGGCCCCGGACCGGGCCGGAUUCGUGGUCAACAAGCUGCUGGUGCCCUACAUCUGCCAAGCCAUCGAGAUGUACGAGUCGGGCCACGCCUCCGCUGCCGACAUCGACGACGCCAUGAACUGGGGGCCGGGCACCCGAUGGGGCCGCUCACCCUCGCCGACCUCAUCGGGCUCGACGUGUGCCUGUUCACGGCCGAGUCGUUGUACGCGGAGUACGCGGAGCGGUUCUACGCGCCGCCGCCGCUGCUGCGCCGCAUGGUCGCCGCGGGCCGCCUGGGCCGCAAGACCGGCCGCGGCUUCUACGAGUACUGAGCCCGCGGGGCGAGGGUCCGCCCCGCGGCCGCGGCGGCACGGGCCUCGACGCCCCCUGUGA